AUGGCGGCAGACCCAACAUAUCCCCUUUACCCAUUCGUUGCAUUCGUCGGCUGUGUCCUUGCUCUCGUGCCGUUGCCAUGGCAUCUACAGUCUUGGAACUCGGGAACCUGCUACUACAUGAUUUGGACAUCUCUGGCCUGUCUCAAUCAAUUCGUGAAUUCUGUUGUGUGGUCCAGCAACGCGCUGAAUAUCGCGCCUGUUUGGUGCGAUAUCUCCACAAGGAUUACUAUUGGCGCGUCCGUUGGCAUUCCUGCAGCUUCUCUGUGCAUCAAUCGGCGACUAUAUGAUAUUGCACGAAUGCAAGCUGUAGCUAUGACGCGUGCUGAGAAACAGCGUGCUAUCUUGGUUGAUACGCUUAUCUGCGUCGUUUUCCCGAUAGUGUGUAUGGCUCUUGCAUACAUCGUGCAAGGACACCGCUUCAAUAUCUUCGAAGUGAUUGGCUGUUAUCCAGCCAUAUAUAACACAGUUCCCACUUACUUCUUGGUCUACAUGUGGCCUGUAGUCGUCGGCUUGAUUUCUGCCGUAUAUUGUGUCCUAUCUCUCCGCCUUCUUAUUGCGAGGCAUGCGCAAUUUCGCGAGUUCAUAUCGUCUGGAAGUGGCUUGACUAGUAGCCGUUAUUUCCGUCUAAUGGCAUUAGCGACAACCGAUAUGUUGUUCACCAUCCCAUUCGGAAUCUACGAGCUGUACUCCAAUGCCGCGAGCGGAGAAAUCCAGCCAUGGCUGGGCUGGGCCAAUACACACUUCGGUUUCUCACGUGUGGAUCAAUAUCCUGCGCUCGUCUGGAUGUACCAGCCCUCUAUCGCCGUUCCGUUGCAGCUGAGCCGGUGGAUCAUACCAGCUUGCGCUUUCAUUUUCUUCACAUUCUUCGGCUUCGCGGAAGAGGCCAGAAAGCGCUACGCCGCACUGUAUGCCUCAAUAUGCAAUCGUUUGUACGCACUCCGCAUUAUGCGGAUGGGGGACAAACACGAACGCUCUGCAAGGAUUCCCAGUGCAUCAGGCGACAGCCUCCCACCGUAUUCCCCCAAGUCAGCAUCGACUUCUGGAUUUGAUUCGCUGGCGUCGAUCACUGCGGUAUCUGAGGGAUCCAGCUCUGCGUCUACAGAAACCUUCGAUAUGAAGGAUGCAUAUGGGCAUGAGAAAUGCUAA